UCACGCGCCAUUGGAAAACCAUAUACCUAAGUUAACCAUUCGAAUCGUAAUCGUGGACGCUAGCUAGAAGAAGAAGAAGAAGAGAAAGAGAGAGAGAGAGAGACAGCUAUGGCAGGCUCAUGGAAACGCGGCUCUCUGAUUGUUCUGGCCAUUAUUUCAUUUGGAUGUCUAUUUGCAAUUUCCAUUGCGAAAGAGGAAGCCACCAAGUUGGGGACAGUCAUUGGGAUAGACCUUGGAACAACCUAUUCCUGUGUUGGUGUUUAUAAGAAUGGCCAUGUUGAAAUCAUAGCCAAUGACCAAGGUAACCGUAUCACCCCAUCAUGGGUUGCUUUCACCGACAGUGAGAGACUGAUCGGGGAGGCUGCAAAGAAUCAGGCAGCUGUCAACCCUGAAAGGACCAUCUUUGAUGUCAAGAGACUUAUAGGAAGAAAGUUUGAAGAUAAGGAAGUUCAAAAAGACAUGAAGCUUGUUCCUUAUAAGAUUGUCAACAAGGACGGCAAACCUUACAUACAGGUAAAAAUAAAGGAUGGUGAGACCAAGGUGUUCAGCCCUGAGGAAAUCAGUGCCAUGAUUCUGACCAAGAUGAAGGAAACUGCUGAAGCAUUCCUCGGGAAGAAAAUUAAUGAUGCUGUGGUCACUGUCCCUGCUUACUUCAAUGAUGCUCAGAGGCAGGCCACCAAGGAUGCUGGUGUCAUUGCUGGUCUGAAUGUUGCUAGAAUUAUUAAUGAACCAACUGCUGCUGCCAUUGCAUAUGGAUUGGACAAGAAAGGUGGCGAGAAGAACAUUCUUGUCUUUGAUCUUGGGGGUGGGACAUUUGAUGUCAGUAUCUUGACAAUCGAUAAUGGUGUUUUUGAGGUUCUUGCUACAAAUGGAGAUACUCAUCUUGGAGGUGAGGACUUUGAUCAUAGAAUAAUGGACUACUUCAUUAAAUUGAUCAAGAAAAAGCAUGGAAAGGAUAUUAGCAAGGACAACAGAGCACUUGGCAAGCUUAGAAGAGAAAGUGAGCGUGCCAAGAGAGCUCUCAGCAGCCAGCACCAGGUCCGCGUGGAAAUUGAAUCACUCUUUGAUGGUGUUGAUUUUUCUGAGCCACUUACCAGAGCUCGGUUCGAGGAGUUGAACAAUGACUUGUUCCGUAAGACAAUGGGGCCUGUGAAGAAGGCAAUGGAGGAUGCUGGAUUACAGAAGAAUCAGAUUGAUGAGAUUGUGCUUGUUGGCGGAAGCACAAGGAUUCCAAAAGUACAACAGCUUUUGAAGGACUACUUUGAUGGAAAGGAGCCAAACAAGGGUGUCAACCCUGAUGAGGCAGUUGCCUAUGGUGCUGCAGUUCAAGGAAGUAUUUUGAGUGGAGAGGGUGGUGAAGAAACCAAAGAUAUCCUUCUCCUGGAUGUGGCUCCCCUCACCCUUGGAAUUGAAACUGUUGGUGGGGUGAUGACAAAGUUGAUUCCCAGAAAUACUGUUAUCCCUACCAAGAAAUCUCAGGUUUUUACCACCUACCAGGAUCAGCAGACUACCGUCUCCAUUCAGGUAUUUGAAGGUGAGAGGAGUCUCACAAAGGAUUGCCGGUUGCUUGGGAAGUUUGAUCUGACAGGAAUUCCACCAGCUCCAAGAGGUACCCCUCAAAUUGAAGUGACCUUUGAAGUCGAUGCAAAUGGCAUCCUAAAUGUGAAGGCGGAAGACAAGGGAACUGGUAAAGCAGAAAAGAUCACCAUUACGAAUGAAAAGGGACGGCUGAGCCAAGAGGAAAUCGAGCGGAUGGUUCGUGAAGCAGAAGAGUUUGCCGAGGAAGACAAAAAAGUGAAGGAGAGGAUUGAUGCUCGUAACGCUCUCGAAACGUACGUCUACAACAUGAAAAACCAGAUAAGUGACAAAGACAAGCUGGCUGACAAGUUGGAGUCUGAUGAAAAGGAGAAAGUUGAGACUGCUGUGAAAGAAGCUCUGGAAUGGCUGGAUGACAACCAGAGUGUGGAGAAAGAAGAAUAUGAAGAGAAGCUCAAAGAAGUGGAAGCCGUUUGUAACCCAAUUAUCACCGCAGUCUAUCAGAGAGCAGGUGGUGCCCCAGGUGGUGCAUCUGGGGAGGAGGAGGAGGAUGACUCUCACGACGAGCUCUAGAAAUGUUUGCUAUAAUUUGACUGGCGCUUGCAAACACAGGAGCUAGAUAUGAUGAGGAGCAUUAGGUUAGGCGGAGUCUUAAUUUUUCUGAUAGGUCGGAAUUAAGAAGAAUUUCCCCUGUGCUUGCUUUUUGGUGGCAAAAUUACUUGUACUUUUUUUGUGCUAGUUUUAAACAAAACUUCUUCAGCUGUAUGAACUUGCUUUUACUUUUGUUGUGUAUGGUUCGUUUUCGUGCAAUCCUCUCCAUCCUUGUCUGGGUCUUAGAAAUGGAGACUACGGUUGGGACUUCGGUGCAGUCUCUCAGCCUCUCUAAAUUUGUCAGGAAAGUGAUACUUUAAGUUGUAAAGCAUUAGUACUCAGUUAAUUUUUUUAAUUUUUAUUUUAUUUUAUUUAGUUACGACACACAAAUCUCAAGAUCUGGUUAUCAUUCCAAGUAUCGAAGGCCUAGCACUUCCUGUGUAGCAAACAUCAA